AUGGGCGAGGACGGCAUAAAACUGCUUCAGCAGAGGCUGGCCGAACGAACCCGUGAACAUGAAGCUACGCGAGAAGCAGCCCUAGAGAGCAAAUUUCGUAAGCUGCCUGCUCCAAUGUCAUCCAAGAACGACAAACUGGUGCACAACCUGUCGUCAAAGGAGCUGACGGAGGAACAAAUGCAGGUUUUACGGCAUGAGGCCUCAUUCAACACAGCCGAUGCCAAACCUGCCAACAUGAUCGCAGCAGUUGAAUCAAUCCUCAGCCAGACGGAAGCGACAGACGAAACGAAGAACCUCAUUCGACACCAAGUGUCCUCCCUCCUCACGCCUCAUAGGUCGAGCGCGAUGCACUUAAGGAACUCAGGGCCGACAACGACCUCGUUAUCGUGCCUGCGGACAAGGGGCGUUCAACGGUCGUAUUGGACAGGACAGACUACAAUCAAAAAGCCAAAAGCUUGUUGGAGGAUCGUCAGUCCUACGUCCCAUGCGAAUCCAACCCCAUGAAAACGCUGACACGCGAGAUUAACGCGACGCUGUUGGCAAUGGAGAACGCAGGUGCAAUAUCGCCAAUCGACCGACGCAUGGCGAGAGCACAAGAAACGGCCCUAGCCCGAUUCUACGGUCUCCCAAAAGUGCACAAAGAGGGCGCUCCUCUCCGGCCUAUCGUAUCACUAAAAAGCACUCCAACCUACGGACUGGCAAAAUGGCUGUUCCAACGUCUCAAGUUUCUGACCUCCGAUUCGAACACCGCAGUCAGCUCGUCAACGCAAUUCUUGGAGAAACUUAAAGGAGUAAGUCUUCUGCCAAGCGAUAUCAUGGUUUCCUUUGAUGUCACGUCCCUUUUUACUUCUAUCCCGCAGGACCUGGCAGUCGAGACAAUCGAACUACUCCUACGAGAGAAGUACGACGAAACUGAGAAUCGCCUCGGACACGUUCAAAUCAUCCAGCUCCUAAAGUUCUGUCUCAAGACAUACUUUACAUUCGACGGAACAAUCUACGAGCAGAUAAAGGGGACGCCAAUGGGUUCGCCGCUUUCGGGACUCAUAGCCGAGGCGGUCCUUCAACGGCUGGAGUCGCUGGUUUUCCGACACCACAGACCGAAAUUCUGGGCUCGGUAUGUGGAUGAAACCUUCGUCGUCAUCGAACGGGAUUAG